AUGUGGAAGGUCACCCCUUCUAAAUCUUUGGUCAUUAGGAUCAAUCUUGUUUUCCUAUCUUGCUUUCUUGUAAUUUAUGCCACCCUCCUUCUCCGGCCAUCGACCAACAUGUACCACCAGAAUGCGACGGCGUACGUCCGUUGUUCCCUCCGUGACUGUCAUCACAAGGUGGAAACUGGGUCCAAGAUGAAAGCAGUACUGUUGGAAGAUGCAGUAGAGUUGAAGGAAAAUGGUGGAAGGAAAAUGGUGAGGAGAGAGAGGCCAAGUUUCUUGAAUGGAAGUGGUUUUAUGGGAAGAGGGAUGAAGAUGGGGAUGGUGAAUAUGGCCGGAGAGGAUUUAAGCGACUGGAAUGUCGUCGGAAAAAUAAUUCCGGUGACGUUUGAAAAGGUUUCAGAUUACUUCGAAUGGAAAGACUUGUUUCCUGAAUGGAUUGACGAAGAAGAAGAGAUGCAUGGAACAUUGUGUCCAGAGAUUCCAAUGCCGGAUUACAAGAAAUAUGGGUAUUUGGAUAUGAUAGUGGUGAAGAUACCAUGCAAGUUUCCGGCGGAAGGGUGGGGGAGAGAUGUUUUCCGGCUGCAACUGCACCUAAUGGCGGCGAAUUUGGCGGUUAGGAGAGGGAGGAGGAGCUGGAAUAGGAGGCCAAAAGUGGUGGUUUUGAGUAAGUGCAGGCCAAUGGUGGAGAUUUUCCGGUGUGACGAUUUGGUGGUGCACGACGGCGAUUGGUGGUACUAUGAGCCGGAUAUGAAAAGAUUGGAGCAGAAGGUGUAUUUGCCGGUUGGCACUUGUAAUUUGGCUUUGCCUCUUUGGGAAAAAGGGAUUGAUGAGGUGUACGAUGUAAAAAAGAUCCAAAAACCCCACCCCAGGAGUCAGUCAAGGAAACGGCAAGCUUAUGCCACCGUCCUCCACUCGUCGGAAAGAUACGUCUGCGGUGCCAUCAUGUUAGCCCAAACCCUCCUCAAAACAGGCACCAAACACGACCUCAUCCUCCUAAUCGACACCUCCAUCUCCCUCGCUAAACGCCACGCCUUGGCCGCCGCUGGUUGGACCGUCCGAAUCAUCGAACGAAUCCGUAACCCACGCGCCGAGAACAACUCCUACAACGAAUACAACUACAGCAAGUUCCGGCUAUGGCAGCUCACCGAUUACGACAAGAUCAUCUUCAUCGAUUCCGACAUCAUUGUCCUCCGCAACCUUGAUAUCAUCUUCACAUUCCCACAAAUGUCCGCCGUCGGCAACGACAACUCCAUUUUCAACUCCGGCAUUAUGGUCAUCGAGCCGUCCAACUGUACUUUCAAGCAUUUCAUGGAACAAACGAACGAAAUCGUCUCCUAUAACGGCGGCGAUCAAGGAUUUUUGAACGAGAUCUUCGUUUACUGGCAUAGAUUACCGAGAAGGGUUAACUUUUUGAAGAAUUUCUGGUCAAAUACCACUGUCGAAUCCAGCAUGAAGAACCAAUUGUUCGGUGCCGAUCCACCAAAGCUUUACGCGAUUCAUUAUUUGGGUCUGAAACCAUGGUUGUGUUACAGGGAUUACGAUUGUAACUGGGAUAUUGGAGAUCAACGAGUGUAUGCUAGUGACGUGGCACAUGGGACAUGGUGGAAGCAUCAUGACGCCAUUGAUGAGAGCUUGCAGGGCCACUGUAAGUUGACGGAGAAAAGGAAGAUAGAGUUAAAGUGGGAUCGAAUGCAGGCUAAGAAAAUAGGGUUUCCCGACGAGCAUUGGAGGAUCAAUGUGACGGAUCCGAGGCGCCGGGGUUGACACUGAUGGAUCAAUUCGAUCAAUCGAGUUUGUUGAAGAUCAUUUCGUUAAUUACUUAUGUUGAUUCUUGGUUUUGGUUAUAAUUUUGGUGAGGACGUUCGAAGUAUCAUCUGCCAUAGUGAUUCAGCUUGAUGUACAUAAGGAAGGAUUUAUGUAUACUUAACAACUGUAUGGAGAUAAAAAUAUUUGUAU